UUAGUGUGUUUGUGUGUGUGGACAAAAGAAAAACCUUUUCAAAAGAUAUGGGUAUUCCAGACAUUCGUCAUUUAAUCUCUGUGGAAUUUGAAGUAUUUGGUCAUGUACAGGGUUGUUAUUUUACAAAGUAUACACGAGAUCUAUGUAAAAAGGCUGGUAUCACCGGAUGGGUAAAGAACUCCAAACAAGGUACGAUUGUUGGUAAAAUGCAAGGACCCAAAGAGGAAGUGGAUAAAAUGAUCGAUUGGUUAUCCACAAAAGGUUCACCCGGUUGUCAAAUUGAAAAAUGUGAUUUACGAAAUAUGGGCACAUUAAACCGUCUCGAUUAUAAGACAUUCGACAUACGUUUUUAGUCUAUUUUUAUUCUUAUUUAUUAAU